CAAGGAGCUCUUUGAUGUUGAAGCAAAGAAAGCAUUUCUUAUUUGUAAAAUAUGAAAAGUUUCAACACAUCUACCCUAACACGGCAUUAAGGUAGACUGAAAUUAAAUAUGGCCGAACAAGAUACACAUGCUUCUCAUUUUGGAGGCCAUCCUAUUCCCACUGAGAAAGUAACAGAGAGGGUAUCGAAAUGGAAUUUGGCAAGUCUAGGCAAGGCAUCUACAAAUAAUACAUCCAACUCUGCCGUCUCAGAACAAGAUCGCUUUGGAUCCAGCUCUUCUAUUGUUCCACCAUGGAAUCCACAAGUUAACGCUACAGCCAUUGGUCUACUCCAACGUAGUUUCCUUCCCGCCUUAACCACCAACACAACCCUCUCCCUCAUCUCAUACACCAUCGCGCGACUCACCAACCGACUCGAUCUCAAAGACGUGCUCUGGCCCCUCGGCCCCCUCAUCACUUCCUGGACCCUCGCACUCGAACGCCACAACUUCGACCUCUCACAAACAUGGACGCAUCUCGCGUAUCCUCAAAAACUCAUCAUGGCCGGUCUGACAGCCUGGUCCCUCCGUCUCUUCUACCGCAUCACAUCGCGCGCUCUCUCUCGCGGUGAAGACGACGCGCGCUACGCUUCUGUCCCGAAAACGAGAGACUUUUGGAAUAAAACACUCGUUUCGACAUUUCUGCCGGAAGCCCUCGUGCAAUCCAUUAUUGCGCUUCCGUUUGCGAUGAGUUUGGCGGCCCCAGAGGUGCUGAUUGGAAAUCAGCCACUUCCUGGUAAUCCGGGUUGGCAAGUGGCUCAUGCGGCUGGGGUAUUUCUUUUCACGACCGGAUUUGCUUUGGAAGCGGGUGCGGAUUGGCAGUUGGAGAGUCAUAAGAAGGAACGAACGGUGGGACUGUUGAGAGAUGGUGUUUGGAGUAUUGUUAGACAUCCCAACUAUCUAGGAGAUGCACUCAUCCAUGCCUCUUUUCCACUCGUUCUUUACGGAGCAGGAAUCUUCCACCCUCUCAUGCUUCUGGCUCCUCUUGCGAACUACGCGUUCUUGAGAUAUGUAGGAGGAGAUGGACAGAAUGAGAAGAGUCAGGAAGAGAGAUACGAGGAGCGAGAUUUGAAAAAAGCAAAGGAUUUGAAGAGUUACCAGAUGGAGAAGAAUAGUUUCUGGCCCCGUGUAGAGGAGUGGAAAAAUGAAUGGACUUGGAUUGUGGUGGGGGCUGGAGUGGCAGGUGUGGUUGGUGAGUGGGGAGUUGGAAAGUUUUUGUAGGGGGUGAUGGGAUGGUGGAUGUGUUAAAUGGAGGUAUGCUGGGUGAGUAUCUAAGAUUUAGGAUGGGUAUCAGGAUCUGGAUCUGGAUGGGGGAGAAGUGUAAGAUUGUGUAUGGAAUUAUGAGGAGUAGGUACUAGGCUUCUGUACUUGUUUUAUUUAAUGUUAUGUGAAGAAAUAAAUGGAGUAAUGUAUAUAUGCAUACAAUGUUUAUCGAA